AUGACCGUUAUUGACUCUAGGGUGGCUCUACUAGAUAACAUCGGCAUUGGAUAUGGAGACGCGUCCACCACCACUCUACCUCAAGUGCUAGUUGACACUGGUGCUAUAAAUUCCCCGGCUGUCAGUCUCUGGAACGGUACGAUCUUGUUUGGUGGCGUCAACAAGGCCAAAUACGAAGGAGACCUUUACAGUUUUGAUACUGUUAUGGGCAAUAGCUCCAUCAAAUCCCUCCGUAUUAACAUGGACGGCAUCUCAAUCAACGGAAGCUCGGAAGCCUCAGACGAAUUCCCGCUUGAUGCUGUAUUUAGUCUUGGCACCACUAACACCUUUGUUCCCAAGUCUGUGGCGCAGGCCUUGAAUGCUCAAAUUGGCGUGACCAAUGUACCGGAUGAAUCUGGUCAGGUCAAUUUCUCCUGCAAAACGGUUCCACAGGAUACAACCAUCACCUUCAAGUUCGGAAAGUUAGAUUUCGAUUUUGACUUGGAAAUGUUCAUUAGCCGGGGCAGUUUUGAACCAGUGGAGCCUUGGGCCGAUGUCGGCGACACUGAUUUAUGCUAUUUUGAGAUCCUCGAGAACAAGUUCACUGAUUCCUAUGAUGGAAGCAUCUUCUUGGGAUCUAAUUUCAUUAGCCGGGUCUACUCGGUAUUUGACCUUGAAAAUGACCAGAUAUCACUGGCAAAGCGGAAUACAGACGAUGCUCCGGAUGACAUUGUUGAGAUUACAUCAGGCAAGGAUGGUGUUCCUGGAGCGAAGGGCUCGCCCGGUACACGCGUUGGAGGAGAUUUGAGCAUGACUGCCUUGGUGGCUGCUACCGCUAUGCUGAUAAUGACCUUUUAA